AUGGGCAAAAGUUCUGUGUCGGCGGGCCUUGCGUUUCAGAAGCCAUCGUCAGCCCCACCGCAUGCGUCCAGCGGGUCGCUCUUGUGGUAUAGUCUGCCAUUGGCGUGUUACACUGGAGGCCCCGCACUUGUCGGUAAAGAGGCCGCCGGGAUCUUUACUUCAAUGGCAUCCCGGGGAGUUGACAGUACCGCAGACGCAGGCGAUGCAUCAUCGCCUCCCGAAGAUGCAGAGUCCACAACUCGUCGCUUGCUCUCCGCCGCAGCAGACUCGGAAGCUAGCGAUACUUCACAAAUGCCCCGAGGCCUGUUUCGGUCGGGACUCCGUUCAAUUCACUCGUUGAAGCGUCUGAAAGACUUAGAGGAUGCCGAUGAAGCUUUAGGCACUGAGCAGGAAAGGGCUUCGCCCAGCUCGUGUGCCAUCCCGCAACGUACCUCUACAGAAGCUCCGCAGGAACCCAGAGAGGAUGAACAGAGAGGCUCGGACAGCGACGACGACACCUUGGAGGUUGUGAGGAGCAUGAAGGACCUGCAGCGCAUGCGCGGGGGUCCGCGAAAGGGUCUGGACGCUCGUGUGGCCCUACAGGAAACACUUCAGGACAAGGAUGAUGAAGAGGCAGAAGACGCCGUGGGCCUCCUCGAAAAGAACUUUGCUGCAGGAGGCCCUGGAUCCGUGACCGAUAAACACUUAGAAGAAUUUUUGCGUGAACGCAUGAAAGAUAAACAGCACGAAACCCGCGAGGAGAAGGCCCUGAGGGAGCAUGAGAUGGUAGACAAGAUGAGGGACCUGUAUGCUAUUCCCGACCACUUGAAGGUUGCAGACAAGACGGAGGAGUACAAAGAUCAGAUGAACUGGGUCACAGGCCUCGUCGAAGUUGAGCUUCCCAUGGAAACAAAGCUGAAAAAUAUCGAGGCAACCGAACGAGCAAAGCGUCAAUUGCUCCGGAAGGGAUUGCUGGAGGAAGCAGAGGAGAAUCCAGAGGACCCUGACGUCGUCCGCAAAACGGCGUUUGUUUCAAAGGGCUUUUUGCAUUUCGCUUGUGAGCAUCUUCAGGCUCAGAAGGCUCGUGACGGGCACGAGGUCAAGCAGUUCGCCAAGAGAACGAAAAGGAUGAACGAAGGCAGAGGCAGGGUCGGCGUCGCGCCAAUGUGA